AUGGCUGAAUCCAAGCCCUCCUACAAACCUGCGUUGAUCCUCCACGGAGGUGCGGGCAAUCUUAAACGCGCCACCCUCCCACCGGAAUUGUACGCCGCCUAUCACGCCUCCCUGCAAUCCUACCUUCGCUCGACUCAUGACCUCCUCAAAAAUGGCGCCUCGGCACUGGAUGCCGUUGUGCAUGCAGUCUCUCUGAUGGAGGAUGACGAGCUUUUUAACUGCGGCCGAGGCAGUGUGUUCACUACAGCGGGGACUAUUGAGAUGGAGGCGUCAGUGAUGGUGACCUCCGUCAGAGACGACACCGCCAAUCUAGAAGGCACUAUAAAGCGCGGCGCCGGUGUAAUGGGCGUGAAGAAUGUUCGUCACCCCAUCCGCCUCGCACGCGAGUCUCUGUUACGCACUGGAUACACUGUAGACGGGACACGGAGCAAUGAUGGCGGCUGUCUACAUUCUCAAUUGCACGGUCCCAAGGUAGAGGCGCUAGCCCGUGAAUGGGGUCUAGAAUUCAUGUCUGAUGAAUGGUUCUGGACGAAAAAACGAUGGGACGAGCAUCAGCGCGGUUUAAAGGGACUGGAGGAAUUCCUAUCCAUGAGCCAGGGAACUGUUGGAUGUGUGUGUCUAGAUCAAUGGGGUAAUCUGGCCGUCGCUACGAGUACUGGAGGUAUGACGAAUAAGCUUCCUGGUCGGAUUGGAGAUACACCUACACUUGGUGCGGGUUUCUGGGCAGAAUCGUGGGAUGAGCUUGUGCCGAGUACCCAUUCGAACUCAGAUACACCGGCAUCGAUUGGGGGUUUCAUUCAAGAAGCCAACGGUUGGUUGGCCGACUGCUUGCCUCCGUUUAUGAGAGACUCUCAUAGUCCACUAUAUACCUCCCUUCCGUCCAGCUCGCCUGAAGAGCAUGUCGAUCGUCGUUCGGAGAGGCAACCUUUCGAUCAUCAACCCCCACGAACUCAGACAGCAUUCAAAAAACGUGCCAUUGCUAUCUCAGGAACAGGAAACGGUGAUUCGUUCCUCCGAGUUGCCGCUGCACGCACUGCUUCCGCUAUGCUACGAUUCUCAGCUCCUGGCCUUACUUUAGCCGAUGCCGUCACUGCCGUGGCUGGUCCUGGUGGUGAGCUCCAACGCUCUGCAGGGCAACGCUGGAAAAUUACUGGAGAAGGCGAAGGUGGCAUUAUUGGAAUUGAAGCCGAUUCUGCACCUGCUGUUGCUGGACUGCGUCGGGGAAAGGUUGUCUCUGACUUUAAUUCCGGUGGAAUGUGGCGUGCAUGGGUUGAGGAGGAUAGUACUGGGAAGGAACAUGAGAGGAUCAUGGUCUUCCGAGAGGAAUAUCAGUAG